CUUCAGGCAUCGUGUUACUGGCCGGGUAAUAGUUAGAAGGCUCAGUUUGUAGCUGUGCUGUGCAGAGAGAAGUUGAAGAUGAUGAUUCUGGGCUAUUGGGAUAUUCGAGGGUUGGCUCACGCCAUUCGAAUGCUGAUGGAAUACACAGCGACUCCAUAUGAAGACAAGAUGUAUGCCACAGGUGAUGCACCAAACUAUGAUAAGAGUCAGUGGCUGGAUGAGAAGGAAAAGCUUGGUUUGGAUUUUCCAAAUCUGCCGUACCUUAUAGAUGGGGAUAUUAAGCUUACACAGAGUAACACAAUUCUGCGCUACAUUUCUCGCAAGCAUGGAUUGGCUGGAGAAUCAGAAAGUGAAAAGAACAAUGUGUCGCUCAUUGAAAACCAAGCAAUGGAUUUCCGAAUGGGACUUGUGGCUAUUACCUACAACUCACAAUUUGAAGGCCUGAAAGGCCCAUACCUUGAAAAACUACCAGUUGCACUGGGAAGAUUUUCUAAAUUUCUAGGGGACAGACACUGGUUUGCUGGGGACAAGCUCACAUUUGCAGACUUUCUGAUGUAUGAUGUCCUAGAUCAACACAGGAUGUUGGACCCCAACUGCCUGCAAAAUUAUUCUAACUUGCAGGACUUCCUAUCUCGGUUUGAGGCUUUGCCAGCUAUUGCUGCAUAUAUGAAAUCGCCACGCUUCAUGAAGACCCCAAUUAAUAACCGAAUAGCAUUUUGGUCCAACAAAAAAUAAUGUAAUGGACAUGCUUGUCUAUCUUUAAGGAGAAUCUUGCUACAAUUGUAUGUUUCUUCACUCCUAGCUUGUGUCAUUUUUGCUUCUUGCUAACACUGUUCUCCUUUUCUUUUCUUUUUUUUUCCAAGACUACAAUUAACAUUGUUUGAUUAGUUGGUGAGUUAACCUCACAUUAAUAUCCCAUAUUUUUCCACACUUGUACGGAACAAUAAAACAUAAAUGUUAGUUUAUA